ACAUGCCACACAGCUCACAUUCAAUUUGGACCAUCCUCUCUUUAACUCUCUCUGUCUCUCUCUAGAACUCUCUCUUUUACAAACUUGUUGAUAAUCUUUUUUGAUAGCUUGUUUGAGGUACAUCCUUGAUCCAUCUUCAUGGUCCAUCUUUUAUUUUCUAGGUUGGUUAAUUAAUUUAUAGGCAAUGGUUAGGGUGAUAGAAUCUUUUGAUGCAAUUAUAUGUAUUUGGAAAUUUGCUCAAUUUAUUUUAACUUCUUGUUUGUUACCAUUUGAUUGAAAUAAACGUUAACCAUUUUGUCCUUUAGUGCAUUAUUUAGUAAUUAUAGUAAAAUGUGUUUAAAAAAUAAUUAAAAAGUUUUUGAAUUGGUAAAAAAAUGUUUUGAAAUAAGUAAAAGGUGUUUUAUAUUAUAUUAUAUAUAUAUAUAUAUAUAUUUUGUUGUACCCAAAAUAGAAAAACAUUAAUUACAGAUUUUCUUAUAAGUAUUUCUAUAAUCUUUUGAAAAGACUUUGCCCCUCCCUCUCUCUCUCUCUCUCUCUCUCUCUCUCUCUCUCUAAACGAUGAAGAACCAAUACCAAAACCCAUUAUUCUCAUCCACCAAGCUCUUCAAUGCUCGACUACACCUAGCCAAUCUCAUUUCUUACUUUAUUUUCUUUGUCUUUGGCCUCACUUUUGGAAUCAUAAUUAGCUUCUACUUAAAAGACAUGUCAUUAAAUCUACAAGUCACCCAGUUCUCUUUUUCAGCUUCAACAUCAUCAACACCACCACCUCUCUCUCUCUCACUCUCACUACCACCACCGCCACCUCCACCACCAACCACCAAGACUCCCAAUAACACGGCUCGGAUCGGAUUAAAACAAUAUCUACAGCUUCCAGAAGAUCUAAUGCACGACAUGAACGACAAAGAAUUGCUUUGGAGAGCCUCAUUGACUCCCAAAAUUCAUGAAUACCCGUUCAACCGGGUUCCCAAGAUUGCCUUCAUGUUCUUGACUAGAGGUCCAGUUCUAUUAGCACCACUGUGGCACAAGUUUUUCAAAGGCCAUGAAGGGCUUUACUCGAUUUACGUUCACUCCGAUCCAUCUUUCAAUCAAUCUGAACCUGCAAACUCUGUGUUCCGUGGCCGGCGAAUUCCCAGUAAGGAAGUUGAAUGGGGAAACGUCAACAUGAUCGAAGCAGAACGCCGCCUACUAGCCAAUGCUCUUCUCGAUUUCUCUAACCAGCGUUUCGUCCUCCUUUCAGAAGCAUGUAUCCCUCUCUUCAACUUCUCCACCAUCUACUCUUACCUAAUGAACUCCACCCAAAACUUUGUAGAGGCCUAUGACCUACCUGGCCCGGUUGGCCAAGGCCGGUAUAACCGUCAUAUGGGUCCCACCAUCACAAUCCAAGAUUGGAGAAAGGGGUCCCAAUGGUUUGAGAUGGAUCGAGAUCUUGCCCUCGAGGUCAUUUCGGAUGAAAAAUAUUUUUCUGUUUUUCAAAAGUAUUGCAAGGGUUCAUGCUAUGCCGAUGAGCAUUACUUGCCAACAUUUGUAAGCAUGAGGUUUUCGGAGAUGAAUUCAAAUAGGACUUUGACAUGGGUAGACUGGUCUAAGGGAGGUCCACACCCAUCUAAGUUCAUUAGGACAGAUGUGACUGUGGAGCUUUUGAAGAAGUUGAGAAGCGAAAGCAAUUGUGAAUACAAUGGGAAUAGCACCAAUGUUUGCUACUUGUUUGCAAGGAAGUUCACCCCCCAUGCCUUGGAUAGGUUGUUGAGGUUUGCACCAAGGAUUAUGCAAUUCAAUCGAUAAGGUUUGGAAAACAAGCAAUGCUACGUGUUUAGAAAAAAAACUAUACAGAAAAGUAUUCAUAAUUUGAAAUGUGUGAAUCAGAUUCAUUCUGAUUAAAUCUUCACCAUACAUUCAAAUUUUGGAUAUUUUUUUCUAGAUACAUAGCAUUUAUGUUUGGAAAAUACACUAAAUCAUCAUUUAAUUGUUAUAAUUCUAGGGUAUAGGGAAAAAAUGUCCUCAAAUUAUUUCAUUAUUUUGUUUUUGUUUUUCUUUUUUCCUCUCUUAAUGUGAUGGAUGAAAUGAUCGAGUACAUAGAAAUGGUAAAGUUUAGUUGGGGAAAAAGAAGUUUAUUUGGCAA